CGCCCUGCGCAGGCGCCGUAGAGUUGACGGCUCGUUUGGUUGGCUCUCGCAAACCUGUGCGACCUAGCCCAGGCCUCUUUUCUCUUUUUGACAGGUGUUCCCAGGGGUGGAGGCGACCACCGCACGAAAGACAAAGGAUUACACACUCGGGACGGGUCAGCGCCAUGGGCAGCAGCUGCCGCAUCGAAUGCAUAUUCUUCAGCGAGUUCCACCCAACGCUGGGACCCAAAAUUACCUAUCAGGUCCCUGAGGAUUUCAUCUCCCGGGAGCUGUUUGACACUGUCCAAGUGUACAUCAUCACCAAGCCUGAGUUGCAGAACAAGCUUAUCACUGUCACAGCCAUGGAGAAGAAGCUGAUUGGCUGCCCUGUGUGCAUCGAACACAAGAAGUACAGCCGAAAUGCCCUCCUCUUCAACUUGGGCUUCGUGUGUGAUGCGCAGGCCAAGACUUGUGCCCUGGAACCCAUUGUUAAGAAGCUGGCCGGUUACUUGACCACACUGGAGCUUGAAAGCAGCUUUGUGUCCACAGAGGAGAGCAAGCAGAAGCUGGUGCCCAUCAUGACCAUCCUACUGGAAGAGCUCAACGCCUCCGGCCGGUGCACACUCCCCAUCGAUGAAUCUAACACCAUCCACCUGAAGGUGAUCGAGCAGCGGCCGGACCCUCCCGUGGCUCAGGAGUACGAUGUGCCCGUCUUUACGAAGGACAAAGAGGAUUUCUACAACUCCCAGUGGGACCUCACCACGCAACAGAUCCUGCCCUACAUCGACGGAUUCCGCCAUGUCCAGAAGAUCUCUGCCGAGGCAGACGUGGAGCUCAACCUGGUGCGCAUUGCCAUCCAGAACCUGUUGUACUAUGGCGUUGUGACGCUGGUGUCCACCCUCCAGUACUCCAACGUGUACUGCCCAACCCCGAAGGUCCAGGACCUGGUGGAUGACAGGUCCCUGCAGGAAGCCUGUCUGUCCUACGUCACCAAGCAAGGGCACAAGAGGGCCAGUCUUCGAGACGUGUUCCAGCUGUACUGCAGCCUGAGCCCAGGCACCACUGUGCGAGACCUCAUCGGCCGCCACCCGCAGCAGUUACAGCGCGUGGAUGAAAGGAAGCUGAUCCAGUUUGGCCUUAUGAAGAACCUCAUCCGGAGACUACAGAAGUACCCAGUGCGAGUGUCUCGGGAGGAGCGGAGCCACCCUGCCCGGCUUUACACAGGCUGCCACAGCUAUGACGAGAUCUGCUGCAAGACAGGCAUGAGCUACCGCGAGCUGGACGAGCGACUAGAAAGCGACCCCAACAUCAUCAUCUGCUGGAAGUGAGGCUGGCUGGCUGGAGCACGUGGCUACGGCUGCUUGCCCUACUAAGCCCUCGUGGGUCCACGGGGGCUAGACCUUUCACAUGGUCUGGAGGGUGUAAAUAAAGCCAUCCCCUUCGUGCUGUGGAAUACUGAGCGCUGCCCCAGCCAACCACUAAAAAGACCAGGGAAUGUGAAAGCCAGCUAGCCUGGCCUGGCCAGAGCGCCAUCUGGUGGGCAGAAAUGACAAUAAACAGUUUUUUUGGUUUA